AUGUCGGGGCUCCAGUGCUCCAAGACACCUGCGUUGAGAAAUAAUCCGAAGGAAAUACUUGUUAGGGGAAAUCACCCCUGGGAAACGGUAACAACAGCUGCCAUGCAGAAAUACCCAAAUCCCAUGAACCCCAGCGUGGUUGGAGUCGAUGUCCUGGACAGACACGUAGACCCCAGUGGGAAGUUGCACAGCCACAGGCUGCUCAGUACAGAAUGGGGAAUACCCUCUAUUGUGAAAUCGCUCAUUGGCACGUGCAGGACAAAGACGUAUAUUCAGGAGCACUCUGUUGUUGACCCAGUGAAAAAAACAAUGGAGCUUAAGUCCAGUAAUAUUUCAUUUACAAACCUGGUGUCGGUAGAUGAGAGGCUUGUCUAUAAACCACACCCUCACCAGCCAGACAAAACCAUUCUGACACAAGAAGCAAUAAUAUCUGUAAAAGGUGUCAGUCUCAGCAGUUACCUAGAAGGGCUAAUGGCAAACACAAUUUCCUCCAACGCUAACAAAGGCCGUGAAGCAUUGGAAUGGGUAAUUAAUAGACUGAAUGCAGAAAUCGAAGAGUUCACAGCUUCAGCGAGAGGAACCAUGAGGAACUCCAUGGCGGCAGCAGCAUUUGUAGAGAAAUGACAGUAA